AGUUAUCAAAGGGCAGGCGAGCGUCCGUACGUCAGAUGGAGUUGCAGCGAAAGCUCGUCAAAGCUGUUUUGAAGUCAUUUCAGAAGCGGAUCCAGCCCAAAAAGCAUUAUGUGUUCGUCAUCGAAGUGCACUGGUUUGAUAGAAAUCCUGUUACGGUGCGGAGGAGCCACGAAGAGUUUUUCAUCUUUCAAUGCCGCUUGACGGACAAGUUUCCUCUCGAUUGCGACCAGAUAAACGGACUUAUUCCAGCUCUACCCGGUCGGAAGUUCUUACGCAGAGCUAACACGAGUGCAGUGGCAAAGAAGCGAGUUCCUCAGCUGCAGACGUACAUCGAUCAACUUCUCCGCCUGCCUGAAUAUAUAUCUCAAUGCGAUCUGGUGCACAAGUUCUUCACUCCCACUCUUGCUGAUUACAAGCUAGCCGACCUGCAGAGCGCUCUCACCGACACGAGUAGCCAUUCAAGAGAGGCUGCCAGAACGAUAUCUGACGGAUCAGAUGGUGAAGAGGAGUAUGAGGAUUACAUAACGGCUGUGAUGGGUGUUAUUGACUAUCUACCAAAUCUAGAAGAUGAAAACGAAUCCAUUCGUGAUGAGCUACUCUCAUUCUGUGAGGGAGAGACGUUGCUUGUCCUGAGCCUUGAUUGUCCUAGUGGUUUCUGGCAGGCCAGAAAUGCAGACGGUGAUAUAGGCUAUAUUCCCUGCAGAUAUGUCACUCUUGAUGGUUGUGAAAUGAGACCCAGAGCAAAUUCUAAACUGGGAAGAAGAUUAAGUAUUAACACAACAAGGCAAAGAAGCAGAGGACUAAAAAGGUCCAUCAACAGUACUGACUGCCUAUUCACUGGCACCUUUCAAAGUUCUGGUAGAUACAGAUGUGGCCGCUCAUUGUCACCCGAAUCUUACAGCUUGUCAACAAAUAGUACUGCGACUUUGCUGGCUCAGGAUGAUACAGAGACAGUGUGUCAUGUGAGUUCACCACACUACAGGUCAAGGUCAAUGUCUUGCCGGUCUCUCAUAGCACCACACGUGACCAUCAAAGAACCAAGCAGUAGUCCAGUGUUUCGAGUGCCUGAGGAAGAUCGGCUAUCAUGUGAUCAGGAAAUAAGUCCUGAGCCACAAGAACAACAAGUAGCCUCAAUUGAUCAAAGUGGACAACUGCUGCAAGUAACCAAAGAUGCUCCUUUGGAAAAGUCAGCAUCAGCAGUACUUCGAUCAGCAAUAAUGGAUGUCAUAACACAGCUGGAUGUAGAAGAAACAGGAGGUCAAGACAAUAUGAUAUUGUUGCCCUCCAGUAGCCACACUGACUCCAGUCGAGUAAAAGACAAUGGACAUACAGAUUUUUUACUGAGAGAUAAACCGGUGUCACCACAAAGAACAGACAGAAGGUCAAGCCGUUCUGAUUCCUUUUUUAUGGACAGUCAGUCUUUGGACUCUGCAUAUGCAUCAGAAAGUGGACAAGCCAGCGGGCGACUGGAUUCUCCAGGAAGGUUUGCAGGCAGUGUCUUAGACAUCGAUGCACCAGGGAGUUUAGCUCGCAGCACCUUAGACAUCAACAUACCAGCAUUUGAACAAGAGCAAGUGGAAGCUGGUGAAAGUACUACAGUUGUUGAAGGAGAGCCAUAUCGUGCAACAGAGGCUUACAACCCAAAAGACAACACUUGUUUAAUCGUGGAAGAGGGAGAGCUGGUUGUAGUCACAGCCAAGCUAGAUGACGGAUGGUGGUGUGGUCACUCAUGCAAUUCAGGGAAAGCAGGCUGGUUUCCUGCAUGGCUAGUUGAAAAGGCAUAGCAACUACUAGUAUUCAAGAUGCAAGUUGACUGAUAACACACUCCUCCCAGUGCCAUGUAACUAUUAUCAUCAAUCUAGUUGGACCAGGUGGUCUCAACUCAAAAGACAGAUAUGUACUGUACAGUAGAUUGUUCAGAUUGGUUCUACCUAAUUAACAGCAAUGAGAGAAUUACAGAAACAUUGACACAGUCCCAAUUCA